AUGGCUCCCCCGGGAGUCGGACAGGUGGUCGGAUGGUACAUCUGUACAGUUGUCGCAUGUGCCGUCUUCGUUACGCGGUUGGUUGUGCGAUGGCAGAGGUUCAACAAGUUUUACAUCGACGAUUACCUCGUCGCGGCGGCCUGUAUAUGUUUGAUCGGUGAUCUGGUCAUCCAGCAUCUCAUGUUCAAUUGGGGCAUGACGGACAUGGCCAAUGCGUCGAAAUCGGAUAUGAUCAAUAUGAUGAAGAUGAUCAUUCCAGGAUCUACCCUCUAUGUGACUUCUCUGUGGCUGAUCAAAGCUGGCAUGGUUUGCUUCUAUAAACGGCUGGCGGAUCGAACCCACUACCAACGAAUCUACAAUAUCAUCCUCGCCUUGCUGGCCGCUACGUGGCUCACCAUCUUUCUCAAUAUCAUCUUCAAGUGCUUCCCUGUCGACCGCAUUUGGGACAUGGAUAACCCAGACCGGGCAUGUUCCAAAAAGCAGAGCCGGAUCAAUUACUGGAUCACCAUCUUGUUCAACAUCUUCAGCGAUGUAAUCAUCAUCUGUCUCCCAAUCUCCCAAGUGCUCCGCCUCCGCAUGCCCUUCAAACAAAAGCUCGGCGUCAUGUCCAUCUUCCUGCUAGGUAUCCUCGUCGUCAUCACAAGCAUAAUCCGCGCCAUCUUCUCCUGGCAAAACAAACAAAUGAUCACUUGCACAGUGUCCAUGAUCGAAACCGCCAUCGCAAUCAUCGCCAACUCGCUGCCCGUCCUGCGCACUCUUUUUUGGUUCGAGGUCUCGCAACGGGACAUACUACAGCAGCCGAGCAUACGAGCUGUCGCACUCCCACGCCCCGGGGAAGUCGGGUCCCCUGAAUAA